CCGACGCAAGAUGUCAUCGUCCAGCGUCGUCCCAUUGGUCCCCGCCGCCGUCCUUGGACUGUCGGCGCUGACGUACAAGCUCACUUGGCUCGACGAUGCUAGGACGAGUGCGCUUCCCUCGCUCCUCAACACCUGCAUGCGCGCAUCCAAGAAGAACCCAAAUCCGUCGCUGACGUCGAUUCCUUCGCUGGACGAUACUCUCUGUGCUCGUCUGGCGUUCUUCAAAGAAGUGACGGAGAGCAGAGCCGGCUUCGGCGCAUUCUGCGUCUUUGCCGCCAUUGUGGUCCCCUAUCUACUCCGGGUGUCCUACGUGGCCUCGUCGCCCAACUACCGCCCCUCGCCGUUGCCGAGCAUCGCCCUGCCCCUGCUCGCUUCGAUGCUGACAAGCAUCAGCACGCUGCUCCUCGGACGUGGUCUGGGCCUCUUUAUCCCCUCCAUCAUCACGAUCCUCUACACCGUCACAGCCCUGACCAAGUCGAGGAGCCAGGGCAUCCCUCCUCUCCCUGCCCCUGCGGCGGCCAUCUACGGCGCCAACCUCGUCACAUUCAUCUCGACGAUCCUCCUCGCGCUCCAACUUUCUGCCAGCUCGCCCAGCGAGGCUAGGGCGCGCAUCCACAACUCCUUCCUCGCUCCUUAUAUCGGCAAGGAUGUUGCCACCCAGAUUCCCCUCGUCACGUCGCUCCUCUCCGACUUCUUCCCCAUUGUCGUUGCGCUUCCCCUCCUUGUCCUCGGCCUCCGCAGCGUUUCGAGGCCCAAGAACGAGGCCGAGGCUACGGCCACCAUGAAGGGCUACCUUGCCGAGGAGAUUGCCUACUGCUUUGAAAGGACGUGGUCCUACUACCGCCAGGUCGGUCUCUUCUGUGCCGCGGCCCACAUGUAUGGCGUCGUACGCAUGUUCCGAGGCUUUGUCUAUGACAAGGCGCCGCUGACGUCGAGCGUGACGCUGCUACUGCUCCUCGCCACCACCAUUGGCGCGUCACUGCUGUCCAUCGUUGCCGUCGACCACCUGACGGCUCGACGAGAUGCCAUCGACGAGGAGUGCUCCACUGCCAUCGCACGGGCCCCCGCCGGCAACCCGGGCGUCGAGGACAACUUCUGGGUUCUUUUCAUCCUCGGCCUCAUUUGCGGACCGGCCUUGCCCGCCUGCCUUAGGUUCGCAGUCGAGGAGGAGAGGAACGGAUGGAAGGGACGGAGGGCAUGGAGGAUGGCCGUUGCCAAAAAGUAAAGCAGCUUGGCAGAGGUUGCAAACAUCGGAGAUGAAAGGGGGCAGGUGGAAAAAGAUACCUGCCUGAUCCCAAAAAAAAGG